AUGCUUCUCUUUCGUUGGGUUUUUCUCGUUUUAUUGUUUGGAAUCUUUACUGCAGCAACUGCGACAUGUUCUUGCACUCCGACGACAAACUACACUGCCAAGGCGUGUUCUCAAGUUUGGGUGGCAAAAACGAAAAUUUUGACGGCUAAUUUGAUCUUGAUGAAUGUAUCUGGAACAGCAACAGGAUCGUACUUCUGGCAGUACACUGUUCAGCAUUUGGCCGUUUUUCGCGGUGGGCCCACCCUACCCACGACUCUUCUCGUGCCCAACAACUGUGCGAUGACGCUCGCUGUCGGAUAUACUUAUUUGCUAAGUGGUGAUCUCACCGGAACAGGAAAGCUUCACUCAACCAAAUGUUUAUCGGUCUACGGAGUGAAUCCUCUUUGGAGCUCGGUUCCUGCGAGUGUACAACAAGAAAUGGAGAAUUUGAAGUGCUCAAGUCCAACAACAACCACAAAGGCCACAACUACAAAAGCGACUACAACCACGACUACAACCACGACUACAACAACCACCACAACCACCACAACCACUACUACGACAACAACCUCAACGACAACAACCUCAACGACAACAACCUCAACGACAACAACCUCAACGACAACAACUUCAACAACUACCUCAACAACAACUACCGCUGGUGGUACUACUACUAUUCCAGGUUGUCAGAAAUGUACGCAAGAUUUCACCUCUCAUUACCAACAAAGACCAACACGCAGUCUUACAAUGGAUAUCACUGUCUCACUCGCAGCCAAUAAUUGCUUGCAAGCGGUUUGGGUCUGUGCGAAAUCAAAUCCACCAACUUCCACUGAUUCGAUGAAUUUCUGGGUGGAGAAUAUUUCCAAUACAGCCACGUUGGCCAAUUUGACGGAAUGUGGUGAACAAACAUUCGGUAUGUGGGGCUGCUACCAGACGGGUACUUCGUGCUCAGGA